GCGGGCAGGAGCCCUUCCCCUUCCCUUCCCUUCCCCGGGUCUCCCCCACCGCCUCCCCCUGCCCCGCGUCCCUCGCAGGGCGUCGGGCCGGCACUGGGGUCUGUGCGCCGCUCCGAGCCGCAGGGAGGGAGGGCGGGAGGGGAGGAAGGAGGGAGGCGGGGAGGGAGAGAGAGAGGCUGAGCCAGAUCUUCAUACCACUGCAGGCAGCAGCAGCAGCAGCAAAACUUCAGAAGGUUUGCAGAAGACAAUAAGAGAACCACCAAGAAGGCUAUUGCAGUGUUGUCGAUUCCAGAAGUCUGGUACCAGGACUGCCAUUUCAGCUUUCUCAUUGCUCCUGGUGGCUGGGGCAUAUCCCAAUGCUAUUUGCCUGUUGAAUGUGUGGAGAAUAUCCUUCUGAAGACAACUGUCUCCUUUGUGUUUGAGCACCUGCCACUAUAGAAGUCAAGGUCUUAAGGGAACACUGCUUCUUCAUCCUUGCUGUAUUCUUCCAUGUCAGGUCAAGACACUUGACAGAUAAAUACUCAUCAGUUAGAAUUUACUACUGCCAGUAUGUAUCAUUCUGUCUCUGAAACCAGUCACCCUUUGCAAACAGAGGAACAAGAGAUAGGCAUUGAUCCCUUGCAGAGUUUUUUGAACAAGCCAGGAGAAGGAGGAUCAAAUGAAAAUGGAAGCACACCCCCCACCUCAGAUUCAGAUGGAACUUUUAUGUCUUACAGUAAAGAAUGGGAAGAACUAUUUGUAAACAACAAUUACUUGGCAACUAUACGGCUGAAGGGGAUUAAUGGGCAGCUGAGAAGCAGCAGGUUCCGUAGUGUUUGCUGGAAGUUAUUUCUGGACGUUCUACCGCAAGACAGAAGUCAAUGGAUUAAAACCACUUCAGACUUAAGAACUUCUUACAGUAAGAUCAAAGAAAUUCACAUUACAAACCCACGGAAAGCAGGACAGCAAGAUCUGAUAAUCAAUAACCCACUCUCUCAGGACGAGGGGAGUCUUUGGAAUAAAUUUUUCCAGGAUAAAGAGCUUCGAGCAAUGAUUGAACAAGAUGUGACAAGAACCUUUCCUGAAAUGCAGUAUUUCCAGCAAGAGAAUGUAAGGAAAAUUCUUACAGAUGUUCUGUUCUGCUACGCCAGAGAAAAUGAGCAGUUGCUUUAUAAACAGGGCAUGCAUGAACUUCUAGCUCCCAUUGUCUUUAUCCUACAUUGUGACCACCAGGCUUUUUCGCAUGCCAGUGAAGCUGCACAGCCAAGUGAGGAAAUGAAAGUUCUUUUGAAUCCUGAAUAUCUGGAACAUGAUGCCUAUGCAAUGUUCACACGUCUGAUGAAAACAGCAGAACAUUGGUUUUCUACUUUUGAACAUGACAGUCAGAAGGAGAAAGAUGUCAUGAUAACACCUAUGCCCUUUGCAAGGCCGCAGGACUUGGGGCCAUCUAUUGCUAUUGUAGCAAAAGUAAAUCAAAUUCAGGAUCAUCUGCUGAAGAAACAUGAUAUUGAGCUGUACAUGCAUCUGAACCGACUGGAAAUUGCUCCACAGAUUUAUGGACUGCGAUGGGUAAGGCUCCUGUUUGGACGUGAAUUCCCUCUUCAGGAUCUUCUGGUUGUCUGGGAUGCUCUAUUUGCUGACAGUAUCACCCUGAAUUUAGUUGACUACAUUUUUGUAGCCAUGUUAUUGUAUAUCAGAGAUGCCUUGAUUUCAAGUAAUUAUCAGACCUGUUUGGGACUUUUGAUGCAUUAUCCACCUAUUGGAGAUGUUCACUCCCUUAUCCUAAGAGCACUUUUUCUCCGAGAUCCAAAGCGAAAUCCAAGACCGGUGACUCACCAGUUCCAACAAAAUUUAGAUUAUUACAAAGCACGUGGAGCAGACUUGAUGAACAAAACCCGUGCCAGUGCUAAAGCCACCCCUCUGAACAUAAACAAAGUCUCCAACAGCUUACUGAAUUUUGGCCGAAAGCUCAUUGCUCCGGCCAUGGCUUCGGGUGGGGCAGUGGGCACUCCUGCUGGCGGGAGCAGCUUCCCUCCCUCUUCAAUGCCAAGCAGGAGCACAGUGGAUGGCCCUCAGCACCACCAGCACCACCAGCACCACCAGCACCACCACCAGUCACAGCAGCAGAGGAUGAUGAAGUCUGAGAGCAUGCCAGUUCAGCUGGGCAAAGGCGAGGCGGGCGAGGCGGCGCCGCCGGGGCCGGUCCGGGCCCCGCAGCACGGCCCGGCCACCGCAGGCCAAAGUUCAAAAAACAUCAGUUCAUCUCCAAGCAUAGAGAGCUUGUCUGGAGGACGUGAAUUCACAGGAUCUCCACCUUUGUCUGCUUCAAAAAAGGAUUCCUUUUUCAGCACCAUCUCCCGCUCACGUUCCCAAAGCAAAACUAUGAGCAGAAAAGAGUCGAGGACAUGCUCCACGAUUUUUCCAAGGACUAAGGAGGAGGAAUUAGAGGCCCAGAUUUCAUUCCUACAAGGACAGCUAAAUGAUUUGGAAGCCAUGUGCAAAUAUUGUGCGAAGAUGAUGAACACGCAUCUUGGAAAUAUUCAGGAAGUCAUUUUGCAAGAACGCUUGGAAAAAGAAGAUGAAAUUCUGGUUUCCUUGGCUGGCUUGAAGCAGAUCAAGGAUAUCCUGAAAGGUUCCUUGCGUUUCAACCAGAGCCAGCUGGAAGCUGAAGAAAAUGAGCAAAUCACUAUUGCUGAUGAUCAUUACUGUUCCAAUAACCAGAACAAAGGGGCAAGUGAUGUCCUAAAGGGACCUGUAAUGACAAAGCAGCAGUUCAUCUCAGCACAACAGACUACAACUGACCCAAGCACUAGUGAGAGCAAGAGUGCUGAUGACUAUAUUAUGGUUUCCAAAGAAGAGGAGAGAAGUAAAAGUGCUGCUCCAGAGCCGGUGCAGGCCCUUCAGGCGCACAAGGAGGCAGCGGUGAAGCCAGAAGCUCCAUCUCGUUCUUCUUUGAUAUUUUCUGACCCUCUGAUGGCUUCCAUUUCAGCCUCCUCCAGCAACCUGAGCUCCAGCCCUGAUGACGACAGUAGUAAUAACAGCAAAGAUUCUGACUUUGCUAUUGUUAGCCCACUGGACAUCUAAAGAAACAGGUUGGGAGAGUUUGGGAAAUCUGUCAUUACAACUCAGCUCUAAUUUCUAUGAAUCCACGGGUUGGAUAGUUCUUUGUAUUACAAGGACAGAAAAAAGAUAAAGGUAGCCCAUUUCAGGUGUCAAAAGCCUAAAUUAAAAUAAAAAGGCAAGCAAACAAACAAAAGAAGACAUAAAUUUGCUACUUUAAAAAAAUUAUAUAUACAUUUUAAUAACUGCCUUAAAGAAAGACCCAGUAAAACAUAGUUCUAAUAUAAAGUUAUUAAUUAUGCUGUUAUCCUACUUAGGAGCUUUGUUACUAUAGAACUGUUGCUUUCCAAAAACAUAAGAGUAGUAUAUGCUAGGUACCAUAAUGGAAAUGUGUGGAUACUUGGCAUCAGACAGCAGCAAAGACAGGCUAGGUUUAAUAUUAUCCUUUUACAAAAUAUGCUUGACUGGGUUUUCUGUAUAAGAAAGGGUACUGUUUCUUCAGAGACUGUGAUUAGAGAAGUAGGGAAUGAGUAUCAAAAAGAUUAAAAGCAUCAUCCUGGUAGGAAGUUUGUUCUCGCUUGAGGAAUCCUAGUUUCUUCAUUUUCAUCCUGCAAUGGCCUGAGGUGUGUUCAGGGCAGAGGUUUGUGUAGUUGUUCCUCAGUGCUUACAGGAGACUUAUGUGACAAAACUCCUUGAGAACGGGGACCUACACAACAGAGCCUUAUUUGCCUUUCUCUAAUUUUUCCCCUUGAGAGUUCCCAGUUCAUCUCUUUCAUUCUUUAUCUUUGUCUACUUUUACUUCCCCUGGCAUGAUUUUUUAAAUUUUACUCAGACUACCCCAGUUAAAAAGUAGGUGCAAGGGAAAUAACAGUAUUUCAUAGUGUAGAUCUGAGCUGGUUGAACUAAAGCUAGCCCGAGUAUGAUAACUUACCAGGGAAGGUUGCAAAGUGAAGUGAAACGUUCAUAAUUAAAAGCACUUUAUGUCUCAUUGCUAUUAUCUUCUAUAGACUCUGUUUACAUAUAUUCCUAUAUGAUUUCUGUAUUUCUAAUCACAAGAAACAUAAUGGUGCAGCAGCGUUAACCAACAGAAAGUUUCUAAUUAACUCUGUUACUUAUUCUUCUAUGGAAAAGUGUAUUUUCUUCCCAUCAAGUCCACAGUACAUUUAGUAACAGCUUUUUUCAAGUAGAUAAGGGAGGGCUUUCUGUACUUUCUAAUUUGUUUAACCUCUGUUGGAAUUCACAAAACAAAACUGGUGGUGAGUAGACCGCUCCUCUUGCAGGAGCUACACAGUUAGCUUUAGGAAAGAACAUUAGUAUGUCACUCUGUCACAGCAGCAAAAAAAAAAAGCAUUAUUUGCUUUUAAGAUGCAUAUACAUUAUACCAUGCAAUAACUUCCUAUUUGCAUGGCAAAGCUUGUGUUUGUUCAAAGUUAUGAAAUUGUAGUUAUUUGCUGCUUAGUCUGUAACUGUAAAUUAAGUACUGUAUCCCAAAGAUGAGGUGACAUGUAAUUUGCUGGUCUUAGAUUUUAAAGAUCUGUGUCAGUGACUGAAGAGUUAAUUGUCAUGUAAUUAGAUGGUAGCUACCAUCCUUACAUGUUCAAAAGCCACCAUGUAGUUCUUCGGAGAUUAUUUGUGCCUUGUAAAAUGUUAAAAUAGUAGAAAGUUGUGAGCAGGCAUAGCAUCGCACCUCUCUGCAACAGAGUGAUGCAAACAGUCAGAUGACUAUUUAGAUGAAAGAUCUUAACAUUUUGGAGAGGUGUUUAUUUUGGUUUCAUUUUAAGCUUCAUGAAAGAUCACUUUGGAAUUAAGUAUGCAUGCCUGUCUCCAGUUUAUUUUAUUACCCUGAGUUUGUAUGAAUGCCAGGGGAUUGGGUGGCUGGUUGAUUUACUUAGGUCUUUCAAGCUUUUCUAGCCUUAACAUAUGCAGCAAGGCUUGUGGCUCCAUCAGCAAAAGAUGGCUGUUGAAGAAGUACCUGUGGAAAGAGGAAGGAAAUAUUCUGGAGACAGCAAGAAAAGUUUUAUAUUCUGUGAUACAUGAACCUUCAAAGAUUCCAGUAGCUUGGCAGGAGAAAAUGUUUUUACUUCUUUUUUAUUUUUUUAAGCAUCAGUCUUUUGAUUUCUAUUCUAGUAGGUUGUUUCAGGGAUCACAUUGCUAUUUUCUUGAACAGUCUCAUUGCCAAUGGAAGAGUGUGAUUUGUACAGGUUUUUUAUUUUUGUAAAUGAGUUGUAUCUUUAAUCUUGCAUAUUUUAAAAAGUAGUGAAAGUAUAUAAAGAUUUUGGGAAGUUUCUAAGAAGAAUCAGUGAAUACCUAUAAGCUGAAUGCGUAUCAUGCCAUGUGAUAUGAUAAAAAUCUUCCAAAGCAGAGAGAUGAUUAUACAAAUAAGAUCAGAGUAACUCCAGUAAAUGAAUCUGGUUUGGUUGUACCAUGUCCUUUUACAUCUAAAAUAUGUUUUCUCUGAAAUUUUAUCAUAGUGCAGAGAUAAUUAAAAGUAUUUUAUUAUAUUCAUUAAGUUAAAAACUCGUGAGUUAGAUAAAAUGUCAGAUCAUCACCCUGUUUUGUGUUAUGUUAAGAAUAUACUGAAAGAGAAAUUGUCAUUUAAAAUACAAGAUUACUCUUUUUCUCUGGAAAUGACCUGCUCGUAAUGUUCAUGGAUAACAAUAAUCAGAUAGAAAAAUUUUAAGCAUUGCAAAUUGCUGAUAAAAACUGAUGCAGCAUUAAGACUGCUGAUCUGAGACUGUUUUACUGUAUCUCACAUCUGUAAUUUAUUACUUUAAAGUCUCUUGCAUGUCAUGUCAGUUGUAUGUACUGCAGAAGGGCAGUACCAUAUUUUGACUGGGUAUUGAUUUAGUUGUGGAGCUUUGUAUCUUUACUCUGGAAGAACAUUUAGCCUGCUUUAUUAAAGAAAGAAUUAACAAACUUUCUGGGUUGUGUUUGUGCUGUUUUCUCAAAAAAGAGGGAAAGCUUUUUGGCUAGAAUACUGGAAGUAAAAUUUCUGAGAGUUAGGAUGAUUAAAACUUUAAAACUCUCUAUAUAAGCACAAAGUUUAUUAAUACUUUAAUCAGAUUUUAUGUAUGUAAUCCAGGGAAUAAAACUGCUUGUCAUUUAUCUCAACUAAAUAUUAUAGUAUAUUUCCUGUUUUACAAAAUUUCUUGUAUCUGAAAAUGAACCAGUAUAUAACUAUUUACCAUGACAUAAUUUCUCUGUAAUUUCAUGAAGCUCGGUAUAGUGUCAUCAUUGUUUCUCAAUAACCAUGCUGGUAUCUAUACAGUACAUUUCUGAAUCUCUAUACUUGAAUUCACAUUAUGAACUCUUUCCCAUGAUUCUCCAGUAUGUUCUCUUUAAAUGGCAUAGAGGCAACUAUUUUAAAGAUUAUAUUUCAUAUUUAAGGUGUGUUUGUACCUGGCAGUUACAAUGUCAUCAGUUCAAAUACAUCCUAAUGUGAACAGAUUUUCAAAUUCUUAAUGUCAGCCCUUAAAUUAUACUUUUGAUUUUGUGUUGCAUGUGUUGGUCUAGAAUGGAUGGUUCUAAUGGUUUAUUAGACUUGAAAAGGUACAAUUUCAUAAAAUAAACUUAAUUUGGCUACAGAAUAGUAA